CCGCAAUUGCGUCACUUCCUGUUUAAACAUGGCGGCGCCCUGACAAAUGUCACAUUACUUCUCCUGUUUUAAAAGCAUAGUAAUUAUCGCUUCUCAUAACGCUCGUGCAGCGAAUGAAAAAGAGGUGACACCGGUGAAGAUUUUAGUUCACGCUGGCCCACAGCCUUAAAGGAUAUUUCAGCGAUAAACAUGGUGCAUUUAUCAUCGCUCCUCCUAAAGCAGUACCACGGGGGAUAUGUAGUCCUUCGUUUGGCUCUUGCGGGCCACAAACAAACUAACAGGCCCUUUUAUCGGAUUGUGGCAGCUUACAACAAAAGGGCAAGAGAUAGUAAAUAUAUAGAGCAGCUGGGUACCUAUGAUCCCCUCCCGAACAUCUACAAUGAGAAACUUGUCAGUUUCAACUUCGACCGCAUCAAGUACUGGAUCGGUUGCGGCGCACACCCUACAAAACCAGUGGCCAAACUUCUAGGGUUGGCAGGUUUUUUCCCUCUGCACCCUAUGACUGUAACAGAGGCAGAACGUCGAAGAGCCCAAAUGGAGCAGACGGCAAAAAUAGCAGGAACCGAGGGUUCCUUGGAGGAAGAACAGAAGCAGACAGAAGUGUGAGAGUUAAAGCUGUGGACUGUGUGACUCUAGUUCAAAGGGAUGUCAUAGUGACUGCAAGGAGCAGCUUAAGAAAGCAUCUUAGUUGCUUCAGUAGUCUCUGAACAAUUCAUCUCUUUAUCUAUGUGUGGACUGCAGCAGUAAUAAUUUGUAUUCUUUUUCAUUCAUCUGUUUCAUGGGACUUAAAAUAUUUCAAUAUUAUUGCAUUUAUGUGGCGUUGACUUGCGGAUUAGUCCUAUAAUCCUCUUUCCUUAACAGGAAAUCUGCACCAACUGUGAUUCAUCAACUAAUAAAAUACGUUUUUCCUUUGAAAUGGA